AUGGGUGAUACAUCGAAAGCAAACGUGGAGUUGUUCUCCGCCGACUCAACCGUGCAGGCUCGUUUGCUCGAGCAAGGUGGGAACGCAGCCAGCGCACAAUUACAAGCAUGGGCACCUGCUCCCACUGCAUUCGAUACGAAUGGAGCCAACACCAUGGAUAUCGCGGAAAACGAAACCCCAACACGACCCGUUACGUUGUCACAAAUUAUUGCCGAGGACUCAGACUCACAAGCCUUCGAUCAUGGUGUGAAUUCGAAAGCCAAAACGCCUUCGAGGCGACCAGUAGAGCGUGUGCGAGGACAAUCGAUAUGUUCUGUGUGCGACACCGACUUGACGGGAAUCGAUCGCUGGCGACGCCUGAAUCAUUUCAAUCGCUGUUGGUCAAGGUUCUGUAACGCCAACGUCAGCAAGAAGACCGAAGUGAAUCGUCCUGCUGAAUCAGAUGCACAUACUAGCAUCUGUCUCCUCUGCAAAAAGGACUUGAACAACCUGGCCACUAUGGACGCAUUUGAGCAUCGGGUUCUCUGUUUCCGAAAUCAAAAGUCGAUUCCUACCACUUGCCCGAAAUGCAGUAUUUCUUUCUUCGCCAACUGCGUAUCACGGAGUCUUGUAAAGAUCGCGGAGCACCUCUACGACUGCUCCGUUCGCCCUGAAGACGAAACCUUCAAUGUAGCGCAAGACACUUGGCUCAAGCGAAACGAUGAACGCAAGAACACAAUGAAUUGCCCAUUCUGCUCAAAAUCCUUACGCGAUCUGGACGCCAUAGAUGCUCUGUACCACCGGAAGAUUUGCCUCGAACGCACAAGACCUGCUUAUUGUCCUAUCUGUUUCGAGAGAUUGCCAUGUUUUUCACCGCGCUCUUCGCUGGAAGACCAUCUUUGGCAUGUGAGGAACUGUCAACAUGAGGACUCGUUAUCAGUCGCCGACAGAUUCAAUCAGGAUAAGCUGGCACUUUGUGCAUCAGGUCGCGUCCGGUUGAUAUACAGCCUGUUCGGCCUGCACAUUCUACAUAAGUAUACGACAGGUCCACGCAAGGGCUGGGGGCACAAGCAGCACUCACACUCCUAUUGCAACAAGAGAAAAGCAGGAAAAAAAAUCGACUUGGGUCUGUACUUGACGCCAAACAGCAAUCUGAGGACUUUCGUUACGUAUGCCGGAGACGAUGGCAUCAUGCUCGUAGAGAAAGUACCAAGUAUUAGGGCAGUGUGGAACAAACUCGCGAUCUUUCGCAGAUCGGCGUACUGCGUCUAUGGGACGCCAAAGCACGGGAGAAUUUUCAUGGGUUUCAGGAGCGAGAUCGAGAAGUAUGGUGUUGUGCACAAUUGGCAUGAAGAGAUGGAAAUGGAAAGUGCAUCGACAACGUCAGCAUCAUCUUCGAGUGCAACGAGUCGAACAGUUGUGACGCUGUCCUGUGAAGGUAGGAGGCUCUGCGCAGUGGAGACGGCAAGGCGGACAGGGAUCCGAGUACCUCCAGGCUUUGAUUCGGGUGCUGGUGAGUCUGGAAAAAAGCUGUCAGGUGAGCUGAAUAGCGAUAGUGGACUUGCAACUUGCGAGGGUCACGCUGAAGGUGAUAUUGAAAAGCCGUCCUGUUCUACUGAUGAACCUCAAGAUCACCACAAAAGUGUAGAAAAUGUGGACCAGAAUUCGGUGUAG